GAUCCUGCACACUAUAUUGCAAGGCUGUCGGUGGUACUAGCGCAUCAACAUCUGCGCCUGUCAGUUGGCUGUUAUCGUAGGAGCAGUGUUCGGGCUCAUUAUUUGGCAGAGAGCAGUAGGUGGAGAGGACGGUCUAUCCGAGAGAGACGCCUCAGAUUCAGCACCAGUAGAUUGAGGAUAGCAUCCGGAGAGUCGCCGAAUAUUUUUGCUCUUUCACCGUGGAUCAACUCAAACAAGGAGUAGCCCGUUUAUUCUGGAGGCAAACAUUCAGGACAAGCAGCGCGUUGCACACACUUUCUGGACCUGCUCACGGUGUUUAGGGACUAAAGACCAUGACAUCCGCCACCUCCCCGAUCCUUUUGAAAUGGGACCCCAAGAGUCUUGAAAUCCGAACCCUGACUGUUGAAAGGCUUCUGGAGCCGCUGGUCACACAGGUGACUACACUGGUGAACACAAGCAAUAAAGGACCAUCCAGUAAGAAGAAAGGGCGCUCCAAGAAAGCGCACGUCCUUGCUGGGUCAGUUGAGCAAGCGACACAGAACUUUCUGGAGAAGGGUGAACAGAUUGCUAAAGACAGCCAGGACCUGAAGGAGGAGCUGAUAGCUGCUGUCGAAGAUGUUCGUAAGCAAGGAGAAACAAUGCGGGUUGCUUCAUCAGAGUUUGCUGAUGACCCGUGUUCCUCCGUAAAACGUGGCACCAUGGUGAGGGCCGCUCGCGCCUUGCUCUCUGCUGUUACCCGCCUGCUGAUCCUCGCAGACAUGGCCGAUGUUAUGCGGCUCUUGGCUCACCUCAAAAUUGUUGAAGAAGCACUGGAGGGCGUGAAGAAUGCGACAAAUGAGCAGGACCUGGCCAACCGCUUCAAGGAAUUUGGAAAAGAAAUGGUGAAGCUCAAUUACGUCGCUGCCCGGAGACAGCAGGAGCUGAAAGACCCUCAGUGUCGAGAUGAAAUGGCUGCUGCUCGAGGGGCUCUCAAGAAGAACGCCACCAUGCUGUACACAGCAUCACAGGCCUUCCUUCGCCACCCUGACGUCGCUGCCACACGGGCAAAUCGCGAUUAUGUAUUCAAGCAAGUGCAGGAGGCAAUUGGAGGCAUCUCAAGUGCCUCCCAGGCGACUUCACCCACUGAUGAGAAGCAUGGUCACGCUGGCAUUGGAGAGCUCGCAGCUGCCCUCAACGAAUUUGACAACAAGAUUAUCCUGGACCCUUUAACGUUCAGCGAGGCACGCUUCCGGCCUUCUCUGGAGGAGCGCUUGGAGAGCAUCAUCAGUGGCGCUGCUCUCAUGGCAGACUCCUCAUGCACACGCGACGACCGGCGUGAGCGCAUCGUGGCCGAGUGCAAUGCCGUCCGACAGGCCCUUCAGGACCUUCUCAGCGAGUACAUGAACAAUACUGGGAGGAAGGAGAAAGGAGACCCCCUGAACUCGGCUAUCGACAAGAUGACCAAAAAGACAAGGGACUUGCGUCGACAGCUGAGGAAGGCAGUGAUGGACCACAUCUCCGACUCUUUCCUGGAGACCAACGUUCCUCUGUUGGUGCUUAUUGAAGCAGCGAAGAGUGGGAACGAGAAGGAGGUCAAGGAGUACGCUCAGGUGUUUCGUGAACAUGCCAACAAGCUUGUUGAGGUUGCCAACUUGGCUUGCUCCAUCUCCAACAAUGAAGAAGGUGUGAAGUUGGUGCGGAUGGCUGCCACCCAAAUUGACAGUUUAUGUCCGCAGGUUAUAAACGCUGCCCUGACUUUGGCGGCGCGUCCUCAGAGCAAAGUGGCUCAGGACAACAUGGAUGUUUUCAAGGAUCAGUGGGAGAAGCAGGUUCGGAUUCUGACCGAAGCUGUUGAUGACAUCACCUCCGUGGAUGACUUCUUGUCUGUGUCAGAAAAUCACAUCCUUGAAGACGUGAACAAGUGUGUGAUUGCCCUGCAAGAGGGAGACGUGGACACUCUCGACCGAACCGCCGGAGCCAUCAGGGGCCGCGCUGCUCGCGUGGUCCACAUCAUUAAUGCGGAAAUGGAGAACUAUGAGCCUGGGGUGUACACUGAGCGGGUGCUGGAGUCCAUCAAGCUGCUGUCUGAAACUGUCAUGCCCAGAUUUGCCGAACAGGUGGAAGUGGCCAUCGAAGCCCUGAGUACAAACCCUCCUCAGGCCUUUGAGGAGAAUGAGUUCAUCGAUGCCUCGCGCCUGGUCUACGAUGGCGUCCGUGACAUCAGGAAAGCUGUCCUCAUGAUACGGACGCCAGAAGAGCUUGAAGACGACUCCGACUUUGAGCAGGAGGACUACGAUACCCGCAGCAGGACCAGCGUCCAGACUGAAGAUGACCAGCUGAUAGCUGGACAGAGCGCCAGGGCUAUCAUGGCUCAACUUCCACAGGAAGAGAAGGCCAAGAUUGCCGAGCAGGUGGAGAGUUUCAGACAAGAGAAGUGCAAGCUGGAUGCUGAGGUGGCCAAGUGGGACGACAAUGGAAACGACAUCAUUGUUCUGGCCAAGCAGAUGUGCAUGAUCAUGAUGGAGAUGACAGACUUCACCAGAGGGAAAGGCCCCCUGAAGAACUCCUCAGAUGUGAUCAAUGCAGCAAAGAAGAUUGCAGAGGCCGGUUCCAGGAUGGACAAAUUGGCUCGUGCCGUUGCAGAUCAGUGCCCCGAUUCCGCCUGCAAACAAGAUCUCCUGGCCUACUUGCAGAGAAUCGCGCUCUACUGUCACCAACUCAACAUCUGCAGCAAAGUCAAAGCUGAAGUUCAGAAUCUGGGCGGAGAGCUCAUCGUCUCUGGGCUGGACAGCGCCACCUCUCUCAUCCAGGCCGCCAAGAACCUCAUGAACGCCGUGGUGCUGACUGUCAAAGCCUCUUACGUGGCCUCCACCAAGUACCAGAAGGUGUACGGAACUGCAGCAGUUAACUCUCCCGUGGUGUCCUGGCGGAUGAAGGCUCCUGAGAAGAAGCCGCUGGUAAAGCGGGAGAAGCCAGAAGAGUGUCAGACCCGUGUCCGGCGGGGAUCCCAGAAGAAACACAUCUCCCCUGUCCAGGCCCUCAGUGAAUUCAAGGCCAUGGACUCCUUCUAAAUAAACCCAUGAGAAAAGAAGAAAAAAAGACGACAACAACAUGAUGGUGGCAAGUUGAAAAAAAAGUACCUUUUUACGUUGUGUUAACCCAAGUGUUUGCCCCUUGUGUACUUGUUGAUACCUCAGGAGGACUCGUACUUGUCAACUGCCACACUCCUGUGGGGACUGUGGGUCUCGCAACUCACAAACAAACUCUAUUUAUCGAUCUUAUUGUAGCUUAUUGUAUGAGAGCCAAACUGUGACAAAACAUGCAAAAUAAAAAAGGAAAAAAAAAAAAGUAUCUUAUGAGCGGAGAGAGUAGCAUUUGAAAAAAAAUACCCGUGGCAGUUGAUAUUCUAGCUUUAUCAUUAACGUGCUACUGACUGGCUGCUUGUACACACAUUUAAAGGCUUGGAAUGGAUCGCUCUUACGCACUGAGGCGCGUGUAUCGUUUCUUAGUUCAGUCUUCACCAGAAUAUUCUUUUCAACGGGAAAACGUCUCCACCGCAUUGAAAGGCAAACUUGAGUCAAUAGCUAUGAGUUGAGGAUUGAUGCGAUGUUCAAAGUCAUCCCAAUUUAGCCACUUCAAAGAGAUUGUUUUUCCCCUGUUGGCCCUCAGCCAGCCGCACAGCAUGGGGUCAAAUAUUAACUCUGUGUCCGGCCAUCUGUUCUUUUGCUCAUAGUGUUUUAGUUCAUUUUACCGCUGACGUUUUGAAACAUGAUCCUAAAUGGCAUUUCAAAUGAAUGAAUUUUGAACCCUCAAGUUAUACACUGCCCUCCAGUCCGUCGUCUUCACGCCGCUUCAAUUUGUUUUUUAUUGGACUAUGAACCUGUGCUUUGUUUCAGUAAUAUCCUUGUUGCCGAUGAUCUGGCCGAGUCAUGUUCUGUUGUCCCUGAAGCACACUUAUGGUCCUACUGUAUUGCCUUUUUUUUAUGGAUUUUAUUUAAUGAUUGCAUCACUAACCAUGAUGAACUUGAAAGUUGUGUAGCUUAUAAAUAUAGACGACGAGGGUUGAGUAGUUGUGGUUUGCUCAGAGAAUAGAAUCCCUCCACACAGUACCUUUAUAUCCAUCCUUCUCUAAUAAAUACUCCCUUCAACUUC